AAAGUCCUCUGUACAUCAUGUCUUAUGCCUUAAACUGACAUUUUAUUAGCUGUUUUUAUUACUGCUGACAUUAAAUUCAAAAUCAACAUAUACCAUUUUUAAGGAUUAUGUGUAUUUUGUAGUAAAAUUUCAAGAUGGGGUGCAGAAUUGUGCUAGAUUGUCCACAUAAAGUACAUGCAGGAAACAAGGUGUCAGGAAGAGUACAGUGUAAAUUUUGCGUCCAUGAAAAUAUUAAAGAAAUUAGAUGUGUUCUCAAAGGUUUGGAGUUGAUUGGCAGCCACCCCCAUAAAGCAAAGGAAUUUUUUAAUAGGAAACAAAUCCUUGUUCCAAGAGGCAUCUUAAAACCUGGUAGAUACGAAUAUCCAUUUUCCAUUGAUUUGCCAGUUGACAUACCCAGCAGUUUUGAUGAUCAUCCAGCUCUAGUGCAGUACAUCUUGAAGGCAGUCGUCGACAUCCCAUCUAACAGUCAAGAAGAUGUAGUGAUAUUGCAUGUGUUCGCUAACGUGGAUUUAAGAAAAUUUGAAAAGGAUCUUAUUAUGAAACCUUUUAGCCUUGGAAGCUCUUCUAACAGAGUAGGAUGUUGCUGUUGGUCUUCCACUCCCAUUGAGAUGAGCAUGUCUUUAGAAAAAAAUGCCUUUCUUGUAGGAGAAACUAUCAACGUUAAAAUACAUGUUCAAAACAAUUCUGUUCACAAAAUGGAGUCGAUGUCGGUAUGUUUAAAAAGGGUAUUCGAGUACAAAAACAAUGAAAGUGACAAGAGAUCGCACUCUAAAGUUAAAGAAAUCAUAGCUAACGAAUGUCUGUCAGGUGUGGAAGGAAACGAAGAACAAACCAUUUAUUCUAGAAUCACUAUUCCUGCAUAUACUGAAGUUUAUAGUUUUAUACUUUGUCACUGCGUAAAAGAGGUGUUUCUUUUACAAGCGGAUGGUUCUGCAAGGACGUCUCAUGUCACGGUCCAGAUACCCAUAUUUUUGGGUCAUAUAGGCUUACCAAUAAUAGAGGAAGUCGGUGGAACUGGUGAAGGAUUGUCCGAUAGUCAUUCGCGAUCAAGGUACUUCCCAUCUAAUGAAAGUCGUUCAAGGCUUGGAAUUAGCCAUAAGACAAUAAGACCAGAUAGGCUAGACCUAGCUCACCACGUCCCACCGUCUGAAGGAAACAUAACCUAUGCAAGACCACGAACUGCUAGCUUCUAUCCUACUCAAACACCCACGACCCCAGUUCCAUCUUUGGAACAACCCAAUUAUGCAACAAUAGCUGAACAGCAAAAUAUCAGUACACAUCUUAAUAAAGAAUAUUAUGGUCCCCAAAAACAAAGUUUUGGUAAUGCGGUUCAACAAAGUUUUGGUAAUGUGCAACAGGAAAAUUUUAGUAGUACUCAACAACAAACCUUUGAUCCUACCCCACAACAAAGUGAAAUUGGUUCUACUACCCAAGAUCACGUUCAUUAUCCUACUCAAGGCGGUGCUCUAUCUUCGAUUAUAGAACCUGCAUCAAUGUAUGAGUCAUAUGAACAAUAAAAGUCUAAAAUCAA